AUGCAGUACCAAGGAGAGGAAAUAGACGCUCAGCUUGACGUUCCGGAGUCCUGCUUCAAUUAUAUUCGCAAUGAGCUCUUGAAUCACGUGCUGGACGCGGAUAAACGCGCGCUCUUCAAUAACGAAGAGACAUGCAUCCAGAUAUCGAAGGCCACACAUGUCGAGGUCGGGGUACAGCGUGCAAUGCAAUCGAUAGCAGAGAACAGAGCGGUGCUACUGUAUUCAUAUGGGCAGCACGUGCAGCGCCAGCUCGGUGCUGUGGAAAUACUGAAGGCGACGCUCCAAGAGCGGAAAAUCGGCUACGAGCAGUUUAACCAUCUUAGCUGCCUUGCGCAUGUUGGCCCAGGUAGAAAUGAGCUACUUGAGACGCGCGUGAAUAUACCCGUGCUACUGGUGAUUGUGGCGCCUGCGGGAUCAUUGACCAGCCUUGCUGGCUUUCAACGUCAAUAG